AUGCAGUGUCAAGCUUUCUAGAUUGUUUUGGAGGAUGUUCAGAAUGAGAUCUUCCAGUAUAUUUUGUGUGAUCUUUUGUUCGUGGCUUGUAUCUGGAACCGAUGAAUGUGGACAACGAGUAGUACUAACUCGUGAGUUGGUCCACUUUGGCAACCAGUCUCGUUCAGGAGAGUGGCCAUGGCAUGUUGCACUGUUCCAUAGGAUGAACCGAGCUUCCCCCAGCUAUGCUUGUGGAGGAACCAUUCUUUCGAAGAACUAUGUUGUUACGGCAGCUCAUUGCACCUAUCCCCAGUCUAGGGUACGCCCACUUAAGGCAGCGGAGGUUUUGGUUCGAGCGGGAAUAGCAAACAUACAGCAGUUGGAACAUUCCUUACAGCAGAUGGCGGUUGUAGAGAUCCUGCGCCAUGAGGAAUACAAUACGAAUAGUCUAGAAUGUGAUAUCGCAUUACUGAAGCUUGCUGGAGAUUUCGAAUUCACGAACUAUGUUAGGAAAAUUUGUUGCUGGACCGGAAGCGAUGAAGAGGAACAAAUUGUUGGAAAAAAUGGAAUUAUUGUGGGAUGGGGAAGAGAUGAGACCGAAACAUUGCCUGAUGUUUUGAAGCAUGCUUCGGUUCCGAUAGUCUCCAGGAAGAGCUGUCGCGAUAGUGAUCCUAAUUACUACACGAGAUAUUUGUUCGAUAGGAAGACGUUUUGUGCAGGCCAUCGAAAUGGGACAUCCUCAGGAUUGGGAGACAGCGGAGGCGGUUUGUAUAUCGAAAUAGAUGGAAAAUGGCGUCUGCGGGGGAUCGUAAGCAAUGGCAAGGUAAAUCCCGUGACUCGUUUACUCGACGUUAAAAGUUACGUAGUGUACACUGAUGUAGCCUACUUUUUGCCAUGGCUCAACAAUAAAAUGAAUUUAACCAAAGGAUCGGAAGAUGUGACUACAUCUGUUCAAGAUUUUGCUGUUUGUGGUAAGAAAAAGGAUCCUCAGUUUUUACGCACCGGGUACAAAGAAGAGCGAAAAUGGCCUUGGAAAGGCGAUGUUUACAAACAGAGUAAAAAACCGUUAUGGUUAUGUGAGGUAGCGAUAGUUAGCGAAUAUUUUCUGCUUUCACCGGCCGAGGUUUACAGCGAUAGCGAUGUGUAUAACCCGUACAAACUAUAUAUCAUUUUUCAAAUAUUCAGAAAUGGAAAACAUCAACUGUUAAGUUACUUACAAAUACACCAAAUAAUUCGGCAUGAAAACUUUGAUUCCCACACGAGAAUGAACAAUAUUGCUUUGUUGCAACUGAAAUCUCCAAUGAAAUUUACUGAAUUCUUACGUCCGAUAUGUCUUUGGAAAGGAGAUCCUGCCAGAGGAAUUAUGCCAAGCACAAUUGGUUAUCUAGGCGAAUUUCAAGAUUGGAUAAAGCAUCAUGAUAAAUGUGUCGAAGAGAUUCAAAAAAUUUCAAAUUCAACGCUAAAUGAACAUUCAUUGUGUAUUACUAUAUCAACUUAUCAAUUCCAUGGAUUCCUAGGAGAUCUUUUGUAUCUAAAGGUUGGCGAGUCUUGGUAUCUAGGUGGCAUUUCGUUCAACAUGAUUAGGUAUGAAUCUAUUUUCCAUAUUCUUUUGCUGGAUGUUGCCUACUACAAAGAUUGGAUUGAAAGAAACUCGGUUUUGCGCUUCCAAAAUCUACUUGCUCUAGAAAACUGCUACCGAACAUCAGUCGAUCAAUGGAUGUACCAAAUCUAUAACAGAUAUGUUUUCCAGUGCUAUGCAUCGUUGAUAACGACUUCUUUGUUACUAACAACAGCUUCUUGCGUAGAUGAGAUACCAGUGAAGUCUGUAUAUGUUCUAAAUGAUCACCAUGAAAGAGUAUCAACAGUAAGCAAACUCCAUCUACAUCCUUCCUUUGACAAGCUUGAAUUCACCAACAAUAUCGCCAUUGUGGAAUUGGAACAGGCUGUAGAUAAAAUACCAAUAUGUCUUUCAAAAACUCCCGAGAAGUUAUCGAGUUUGACACAACAGUCGCUAAGCUGGCAGCCUAAUCCAUCCAAAACAAAUUCGAUUCUACAUUCAGCGGUCAACUUUACAUCAACCAACAUUCGAACUUGUGCCAAUAGAUGGCAGCAGGAAGGGGCCAAAGUAGACACAACGGGUUCUAAUAUUUGUGGUCUAAUGAUAUGGCAGGAACUGCAAAAGUCACUUUUCCAAUGCACUUUUAACCUACACGGUUCGCCACUGGUUUCCAAGUCGAAUAACAAUACCACCAUGUUCCUUAAAGGAGUUCUGGAUAUCGGGAAGAGUAAUCAUUGCGUAGCGAACGACCUGCCGGAGGUGUAUAUAGACGUGAUGGCCUAUUCGGAAUGGAUCACUGAAAUCGGGCUAGUUAAUCGUGGGAGUUUCAGUGUUCCGGUGGGAAUCCAUGGUUCCCCAUCUAGACAAGAGUGGAGGUUAGGAAUCAAAACUGGGAACUAAUUCAUCGAGUGUGAAAAGUUGAAAAUGUGUCAGAUAUUGAAUUUCAUUGUUGAAAUGGUGCCUGCUCUAAGAUAAAAUUACAUGGUAUUAGUAGAUGACAUAUAUAGCUGAUAUUUUUUCGUGCAUUUCGUAAAUGCCAAUUCUAUUACAACAUGUUUUGGUGAAGGUGUCGUCAUCGAGAGAGUCAACACUAGUUCCCGAGCGUCCGCACAGAAACAAACUUUAUUUCAUUAGACUAGAGUCCCCUAAAAUUUCCAAUCUGGUAGGCAAUUUGUGUAUGUGGUGAAUCGGUCUAACUCUACUGUGGUUUGGGAAUUGGUCCGAAUCCGAGAACUGUGCCAGAUCCAGAAACUGCCUAUAAUUUUGAUUUCACUAUCCAAUAGAGAUAGAGAGGUACAUACGGUUCGAUCGCUAAAACCUAACUAACUUGUCCUUACUUAUUUCUGGCCCUGAGCACCUCGUGGGUCUAGUUGAAAACUGCUGCAUCGGUAGAUGUCUGGAAUCAUCGCAUCGAUGUGUUGGCCGGCGAUGGGUGGUUGAACUGCUGAUGCAUUGAUGCAAUAUAUGGUGGACAGCACGUGUUGCUAUAUCAUCACACCUGUUGCUAAUCGUCCGUAUGUAACAGGGUCGCUGAUGUGUGCGUGUGAAAUAUUUGACUUAUAAAUUUAUGUUGGUAUACCUCGGCAGAUAACUGUAUAUCACCAUAUCUGACAGAGGGAUUUCAAAGCCGUGGUUCAACCGAGCGGUCUGGCCAUUAAUCCACAAGUGUACCAGGACGAGUGUCUUGAGAAAAUUCUUCUGCCGUUCUUAAAGGAGUAUCAUGCGUAUGGGAAGUACGUCUUCUGGCCGGACAAGGCGUCUUCCCAUUACGCCAAGAAGACGCUGGAGUAUCUUAAGCAGAAAAACAUAUCGUACGUGCCGAAAUCAUGGAACCCGACCAACUUGACCCAGUGCCGUCCCAUUGAGGAAUUUUUCGGCUCCCUAAGUGCUCUAGUGGACAAAAAUAAUUGGUGGGCCAAGGAUACGACCAGGAUCCGGAAAUGUAUCCGGAAGAUGGACGUCAGUGCCGUCCAGCGCUCUUGUGAGAGCAUCGCGACUAAUUUGCAUCGUACGGCUGACCAGGCCACCUUCUCCAA